AAAACAAAUAACAAUAAGAUUCUCGUUGAUAAUUUGGUUUGGGCGGGACUUUGUCCAGUCUCAGUGCAGUCACAGUCCAUCUCCUUAUGGCCAUUUAUUGCCCACAUCCUCAUCUCCCUCCCUUUUUUCAUAACAUAAGGCAGAGCCAGCCAGGCAAGCCAGGGGUAGGGAAACAAGCAGAAGCAAGGCAAGGCAAGCAGCCUUUUUCAGUAUAUUACACAGUUCCAGUACUAUAUAUAUUCUAUCUAUAUCCUAGUAUUUUUAUUAUACUAACUAACACCCCAAUUCCUCAAACCCCAAAAGGACCUGCUCCGGAAUAGUAUGGCUGCUUCCAACACCAAACCGUACCAUUCCCUCUUCCUUCUAUUCUUCUUCUUCUUCACUUGUGCAGUCCUUGCUGCAGCAGCCUAUGCCGCUCCUCAAGGACCCAGAAGUCACAAUCAUCAUCAUCGUCAUCAACUUCUGAUUCAGAGCUCCCAAACUGCAACGCCGCAGGACAUGCUUCGCACCGCCCAGGAAGGGAAGAAAGGAAGGAGCAGUGGAAGGAAGGGAGGAAGGAGGCUGAUGAUAGGGUCGACUGCGCCAAUCUGCACGUACAACGAAUGCAGGGGAUGCAAGACGAGCAGGUGCAGGGCAGAGCAAGUCCCUGUUGAAGGCAAUGAUCCCAUCAACAGUGCUUAUCACUACAAAUGUGUUUGCCAUAGGUGAUGAAACCAACGCAAUGACUUCCAUCUUCUGUUUUCAUCUAUGUUUAGCGUUGUUUGUAACUCUAGUUUAAAUUUUUUUGGCAAGAGUGGACGUGAGCAGGUUAAUUGUCUGAAUUAUUAAUAUCCAAUAUUUUCAGUGGAUAGGGUUUUGUGAUUCUGCCGAUUUUGCUUUCUUUUUUGUGCAUUUUUAUUUUUAUAUGAUUGUAGACCUCAAGAUUGAAACCUAAGACGUGACAACUAGUGUUAAUGGCUCCUCAACGUCAC